AUGAUCCAUGCGGCUACUCCCCAUUUUCUGUGGCCGUUUGCGGUCCGAUACGCUGCACAUCAGCUCAACCUCUGGCCCCGUGUCUCUUUGCCGGAGACCUCGCCCACACUGCAUUGGACGGGAGAGGUUGGCGAUGCAUCGGCGUUUUGGGUCUGGGGCGCGCUCUCCCUUGUUCGAGAUACCACCGCGAGCAAGCUCUCUCCUCGCACUCUCCGCUGCGCCUUCCUGGGCUUCCCCACUGACGCCCCGCCGUGGCAGUUUUACCACCGUGCCUCGCGCUGUGUCCUAUCCUCCCAGGACGUCACCUUUGACGAGACUCCUCUGGAGAUCUCGUCUGACUCCUCUAGCCCCGCUGAGGGGGGUGACCCCGCCGCUGACAACACGGCGGCCACUCGCCGCUAUCCACGCUUGGAGACUCCUCCUAGUUUUCCGCCUCGCCUGUCUUCGCCGCCUCUGCAGCCUGUCACUGUGGACACUGGUGCUACUGGGGGUGGUACCAUUGGUGGUGAGGACUCUGGGGGUGCUGAGACUGGGGGUGAGGGUUCUGGGGGUGCUGGGACUUGGGGUACUGCGAGUCUUUGUGGUGGUGGGGCUGUGGGUGCUCCUGCUGUAGAUCCUGGCGUUGGACAACAGCAUCCGCCUAGUCGAUUCGAGACGCCCUCACCGCAGCAGCUUCGUGAGUGGGUCGUUCGGCGAGGCCGCUCUGGUGCUGCUGGUGCUGGAGGUGCUGGUGUUGCUGGUGCUAGAGGUGCUGGAGCUGCUGGUGCUGGAGGUACUUCUGGUGCUGGAGGUGCUGCUGGUGCUAAAGGUGCUGGAGCUGCUGGUGCUGGAGGUCCUACUGGAGCUGCUGCUGCUGGUGGUGCUGCUGGUGCUGCUGGUGCUGGUGCUGCUGGUGCUCCUGGAGCUGGAGCUGCUGGUGCUGCUGGUGCUGGAGGUGCUGCUGGUGCUGGAGGUGCUGCUGGUGCUGGUGCUGCUGGUGCUGGAGGUGCUGGAGCUGCUGGUACUGGAGGUGCUAACGCUGGAGGUGCUGGUGCUACUGGAGCUGGAGGUCCUGGAGCUGCUGGAGCUGGAGGCGCUGGAGGUAUUGGUGCUGCUGGAGCUGGUGGUCCUGGAGGUGCUGAAGGUGCUGGAGCUGCUGACGGUAUGGGUCCUGCCCCGCGCCGACCGUUUUUCUACCCGCAGCCGCAGUCGUCCUUACCACCGCAUGGCUCGGCACUUUUUGCUGAGCUUGUUGACUUUGCUGCUGCGUGUCGUCUUGACUACGUCGCGAGUCUUGUCACUGAGUCUGAGUCUGACUGUCCUCCGUCCGUCGGGGGUGAGUGUGCCCUUAGCACGGACGUCCUUGAGGACAGGCAGUUUGAGCUUGCGUGUCUUGCGGCCGUUUUACCUCGUCUCGCAUCCAUGCUGUGGCAGACAGCCAUGGACGCAGAGAUGACUUCCUGGAAGUCCACAGGCACCUACAUCGACGAGGUUCCCCCUCCUGGGGCGAACAUAGUUGAUGGCAUGUGGAUCUUCAGGGUGAAGCGGCCGCCGGGUUCUCUGCCUGUCUUCAAGGCGCAUUACGUUGCUCGAGGCUUAAGUCAGCGACAAGGGGUCGACUUCUUUCAGACCUUCUCCCCCACCCUGAAGAUGACUACUUCUCGGGUGUUGCCGCACGUUGCAGCACAGCAUGACCACGAGCUGCACUCCAUCGACCUCUCCACAGCUUUCUUGCAGGGCAGCCUUCACGAGGAGAUCUGGCUGCGCCGUCCACCUGGCUUCACUGAGUCGUUUCCUGCGGGUACCAAGUGGCACCUCCGGCGGCCGGUCUACGGUCUCCGCCAGGCGCCUCGCGAGUGGCACGACACACUGAGGAUGACGCUUGCGGCUCUUGGGUUUGCUCCUUCGACUGCUGACCCGUCGUUGUUUCUACGUACCGACACUUCUUUGCCGUCGUUUUACAUCCUCGUGUACGUAGACGAUCUGGCUUUUGCUACUGCUCACACUGAGGCACUGACCCUCGUGAAGUCGGAGCUACAGAAGAGACACACCUGCACUGACCUGGGUGAGCUGCGUAGCUAUCUUGGCUUGCAGAUCACCCAGGACAGAGCACGGUGCACCAUCACUCUGACUCAGUCACACAUGGUGCAACAGGUCCUUCAGCGCUUCGGCUUCCAGUUCUCCUCGCCACAGCCCACUCCUCUGCCUACAGGUCACUCGCUCUCAGCUCCACCUUCGGACGAGUCCGUAGAGCCGAGUGGUCCGUAUCCAGAGCUUGUGGGUUGCCUCAUGUACCUGAUGACGUGCACACGACCUGACCUCGCGUACCCUCUCAGCCUCCUGGCUCGCUACGUGGCUCCCGGUAGACACCGAAAGGUGCACUGGGAUGCUGCUAAGAGGGUACUGCGUUACUUGUGCAGUACGUCGGGCAUGGGGCUCGUGCUUGGAGGACAGGGUCCAGUUGUACUCACAGGACACUCCGACGCUUCUUGGGCUGACGACCAGGCGACUCAGCGGUCGUCACAGGGUUACACCUUCAGUCUUGGCUCUGGCUCUGUCUCGUGGAGGUCCACUCGUUCAUCUUCGGUGCUUAGUUCCAAUUGUGAGGCUGAGAUCUACGCUAGGGCGCUGGCUACGCAGGAGCUGCGCUGGCUGACCUACCUGCUGACCGACUUGGGGGAGCGGCCUCGUUCUCCUCCAGUUCUGUACGUUGACAACAAGGUCAUGCUUGCCUUGUGUCGUGAGUAG